AUUACGACCAGCAAUGGCUAUCCGAAUGCCUAGAAUUAUGCAUGCCAAGCAGCUUCUUCGUCAGUCGAAACUGUUUGCCAAUCAAGCCGCCCUCACCUCAACAGUUGUUCCUAAAGGAUACUUUGCAGUCUAUGUUGGGGAGAGUCAAAAGAAGCGAUUUGUAGUUCCAAUUUCAUUCUUGAAUCAGCCUUCAUUUCAGAGGUUGUUAAGUAUAGCUGAGGAAGAAUUCGGAUUCAGUCAUCCUUUGGGUGGUCUCACAAUUCCUUGCAGAGAAGAGGUCUUCAUUGAUCUCACUUCACGCUUGCAUUAGUUGUCUACUGCUAAAAAAUAAU